AUGCUGCACAAAGCCGAGUCGGCGGCCAACCCGUGCCGCCCGAUUGCAGAUGGCGACCUGGUGAUAGUCUAUGAGGGAUUUGACAGCAUGAAGGCGGUGCGGGUCAGUGCCAACGGCAACUACAACAACAAAUACGGCAGCUUUGCACACAAGGAGUGGAUCGGCAAGCCGUUUGGCAGCCGUGCGGUGUCGCGGAAGGGCAGCGGCUGGGUGCUGCUGCUGGCGCCCACGCCCGAGCUGUGGACGGCGGUGCUGCGCCACCGCACCCAGAUCCUGUAUGCCGCCGACAUUGCCAUGGUGGUGGCCUUCCUGGAGCUGCGCCCCGGUGCGGUGGUGCUGGAGAGUGGCACGGGCAGCGGCAGCCUGACGACGUCGCUGGCGCGCGCCGUGGCGCCGCACGGCAAGGUGUGGACCUUCGAGUUCCAUGAGCAACGGGCGCAGCUGGCGGCAGAAGAAUUCAAGGCCAAUGGCCUGGGGGAGCUGGUCACGGUGGCGCAGCGCGACAUCGAGGCCAGCGGGUUCCCCGAAGAGCUGCACGGCCAGGCAGACGCACUGUUUCUGGACCUGCCCAAACCAUACAUGGUGGUGCCCUCCGCGGCGCGCUGCGUGCGCCCCGACGGCAUGUUUUGCUCCUUCAGCCCCUGCAUCGAGCAGGUGCAGCGCACGUGCCAGGAGCUGAACGCGCACGGCUUCCGCGACAUGCGGACCAUGGAGGUCCUGCUGCGCCAGCUGGAGGUCAGCCGCCAGGCGCUGGCCACAGACUUGGAGUCUUCCAUGGCGCCGCCGCAGAGCAAGAAGCAGGCGCGGAGGCAGGAGGCCGCAGGGAACGCCGGCGGCGGCGGCGGCGGCAACGGCCCCAAGCGGCAGAAGGCUGCCGACGGCUCGGCGGUGGCGGUUGUGGCCAAGCCGGUGCCGUUUGGGCGCGGGCACACGGGGUAUCUGACGUUUGCGCGGCGCGUGGUGGAGUUCUCGUGA